CUCCGGAGCGCGGCCGGGAGGCCGGGCGGGGAAGGGGCCGGAGCCUGGAAGCCCGCCGCGCCCGCCACCCCCGCCACCCCCGGUCCUUCGCCCUCGGGGCCGCCGCGGGCCGUCCCCCUCCGUGGUCACGUGAAGAGCUGAGCGGAGCGCGCCCAGCGCGGGCCUCCGGGGGCCCGAGGACAGAGUCCGCCGCGGCGGUCCCGGCGGUCCCGACGCUCCCGCACCCCGGCCCGCCGCGCCGCCGCCGAGAUGCCCGGGGCCGGCCGAGCCGCGGGCGUGCGCCGCCUGCGCCCGCAGCCGUCGGAGGAGCCGCCCGCGCAGGAGGAGGACCAGAACCUUCUCCUGGCAGCUGCCUAUGUUUCUGAUGCCCAGUACAACAGAAAUGUUCCAUUUGAAACGUCUCCUCGGGCCAUCAGACUUUACUAUUUUUAUAACCACUGGACAAUGCAAGUAGCCAUCUACUUCUUCAUUUGUGUCGACCUCUCUCUCGCCCUGUUUGAAGAACCGGCACUGUUGCCCCUGCCUUUCUUGGCUACCUCGUUAGCAGAAGUACUCUGUCUGACUGCAUUCUUUGGGAGACUUAUACAUUUUGCAAAAGUCACUCCUCAAAUGGUUUUCUGGAAGGAUACGAAAAACAUCUGCAUCAUGGUAACCAUCGUGCUGACCUUGAUUGAUCUGAUUAUCUAUGGGUCCCUGGAAGCUGUGAACGUCCACAGCGUUCGAUGGUCAAGGGCCUUAAGACCAGUCUUCCUAAUUAACUUCCCUGAAAGUCGUCAGAUCCGAAGAACUUUCAGAAGCAUCCGGAACACUCUGCCCGAUAUUCUCUACGUCUUCCUCCUAUUUAUGUUCAGUGUGCUGAUAUUCUCCCUUAUGGCCUUGAAGCUUUUUGGGGAUAGGGGUCUUAAAACAGUGGAAGGAUUGCCCUACUUCACAAAUAUCCUGGACAUAGUGUUUGAGCUCUACGUGCUGGUCACUACCGCGAACAGCCCCGAUGUCAUGAUGCCUGCCUAUAACUUCAAUUGGUGGUACUGUCUGUACUUUAUAACCUACACCAUCAUCAAUACCUACAUCUUCAUGUCCGUCUUUCUGGCCGUGGUCUACAACAAUUAUAGGAAGCACUUAAAGAAUGAGAUUCGCAAACUGGCGUACCUGAAACGUCACAAAAUGAUAGAGGCGUUCAACAUUCUGAAAGUCAAGGUGGGCACAGAGUUUGUGGUCACGGAGGCCCAGUGGAGGCGGCUGGCCAAGGUCGUGGCACCACACAUCAGCAGUCCCCACCUGGAGCUCCUCUUGAGGAUCUCCGACGAGGGACAGAAGGGGCACGUGGACAAAGUGAACUUUCUACGCUUGGCCGAUCUCCUCAACAUUCAGGUGGUCACCAUCAACAUCAGGAGACACCCACUGGAAGAGUGGAUGCCUCGGGUAUACCGGUCAUCUGCAAGCCUCUUGGUCCAGAGGAUAGUUCAGCACAGGAUUUUUGUCUGGGUUUAUGAUGUCAUCAUUCUAAUAAAUGCCAUAUUCAUUGCUCUGGAUGAGAGAAACCCCUUCAUUUCCUACGCAGAAUGGCUUUUCCUUUCUCUCUACAUUAUUGAAAUUCUCCUGAAACUGUACACAUACGAGCCCAGAGCCUAUUUUGGCAGAAGGCAGUUCUGGAACUGGUUUGAUACGCUGAUCAUCAUCGCGGCCCUGGUGGCCACUGUGGCCAACACCACCAUUCAGUCAGCAAGAAAAUACAACAGUCAGCAGAUACUGGACAUUGUGCUGAUCUUGAGGAUACUCCGGCUCUUAAGGAUCAUUGUCAGCAUUCAGAGGUUCCGGGUCAUCGUGACGACCUUAAUUAACAUCGGGCCCACGAUACUGACGUUCGGUGGACUCGUCUUGGUGGUCUACUACGUGUUCGCUAUCAUCGGGAUGGAAGCAUUCCAUGGCAAAGUCCGGUUCUCUGACCCGAAUUUCACCAGUCCUGAUGCUCUGGUGUGUGGGAACCCAGCCUUGAAAGAUUCAGCAUUUGCCCGAGACAGGUACUGCAAGAACAACUUCAACGACCUGGCCUCCUCGUUCAUCGUGCUGAUGGAGCUCACGGUGGUUAACCAGUGGCACAUCCUCGCGGGCGGCUUUGCCCUCGUGACUCACCAGGCGGCAAAGCUGUACUUCAUCGGCUUCCACAUCGUGGUCGUCAUUCUCAUCGUUAAUAUUUUCAUAGCAUUCAUCUUGGAGGCAUUUUUUGUGGCAUAUUCCUUAGAGAAAAGUGAAGUAGAAACUGCUAUCGAGAAGAAGAUUCAAGAGCUCGGAGUGGGAAUCCAAGAAGAAGAAAUGCAGGACGGGAAGCUCGUUGAUAAUGUGGAUGCUAAGGACAGUGGCUUUAGUGGGGACGAUGGAGACAACAAAAGGAAGGACCUGAAAGGCUUGUACUUCAGAAUUGCAUCCAAAAAGUACAGGACCGUGGACGCCUUGCUGCAGCAGAUGUUUGAGUCUGAAAUUGCCCCAGAAGAGGAAGGCCCUUCGUUGGAUGAGAUUCUGAACUUUUCACCCGGUGACCUGUAUCCCAAGAAUCCCAAUUUCGAAAACAGUGCGUGAUCCCGGACCUUUAAGGGUGCACACGUGGAAACCAAGCUGGGAGGCCAUCCCUUCUGGCUUAUUCUAUCUAGAGGUGAUUUUCCCAGCCCAGGUCGCUCUGUGCUGUGACCAGCCUGCGCAUCGGCCCCUCCUGCCCUGAGCCACCAGCUGAAAGGUGUGGAAAGGCUGCUUCCGAGUGCCCCGCCUGGGGUUGUUCUGAGGUCUGAUCGGGGAAGUAAGGAGGGGGAAAUCUUGGAAGAGAUUUUGAGGGGCACUGAUCAUACACAUGGACCUACACGUGUGACGUCCCUUCAGUUGGGUGUGUAAAAGCUUUUCAUUUAUUUUUAUGUGAUAUUUUGCGAUUCUAUUAAAUCACAUGCUACGGUGUUACGUGAAUGAAUUUUGAAUAUUUACAUAUGGUAAAGGAAUGUAUCUAAUAUAGUAGCUUUUAGAUGUGGUGUUUAUUCAAAAUGAAGGAAAACAUGAAUGUGAAAAUAAAAUUCUGUCACAGUUGCUUCUUUUUCCAGGGAAGGCUCUCAAAGCUUCUUUUUUUUUUUUUUUUUAAUUUAUUUUUGAGACAGAGAGAGACAGAGCAUGAACAGGGGAGGGGCAGAGAGAGAGGGAGACACAGAAUCUGAAACAGGCUCCAGGCUCUGAGCGGUCAGCACAGAACCUGAUGCGGGGCUCGAACUCACGGACCGUGAGAUCAUGACCUGAGCCGAAGUCGUAUGCUUAACCGACCGAGCCACCCAGGCGCCCCUCUCAAAGCUUCUUAAUGUUUAUUUUUAAGAGACAGAGACAGAACGUGAGGGGGGGAAGAGGCAGAGAGAGAGAGGGAAACACAGAAACUGAAGCAGGCUCUAGGCUCCGAGCUGUCAGCACAGAGCCCGACGCGGGGCUUGAACCUGUGAACCUGAGCCGAAGUCGGACGCUUCACCGACUGAGCCACCCUGGCGCCCCCCCUCAAAGCUUCUUUAAUUACAUUACAAUGAUAGCUAGCUUUUGAGUAAAUCAGUCUCCGAGGUCACUUUCUCCAGCUGGAAGUCCCGCAGUGUGGUGAUGUGCUCCUUCCGGGAAAUUAAAAGGGAUUUAUCUUAUUUAUUAACCGAAUUUCUAACUGUGGUAAAAUACCCAUCACAUAAAAGUUACCAUCCUAACCAAGUCUAAGCGUAUAUAGUUCGAUAGUUUCAAGCAUAUUGACGCUGUUGUGCAACGGGUCUCCAGAACUUUUUGUCUUCCCAAAUGGAACCGCAACCGGUCAACGGCAACCCCCUCUUUCCGCGCCCCCCUCCCCGCCCCACCCCUGGAAACCACCAUUCUGUGUUCCGUCUCCAGGACUCUGACCGUUGUGCCUCGCAAGUGCAUUUGAGCGAGCGUAAUCCUUUGUGAGUCGUCAGGGUAUGACUCAUUCUUCUGUACCUUGUCACGGGCCCCACUAUAAAGGGGCCCAUGACCUGAGGUGCAGUGAGACCUGAGUCAUGUGUCACGUCGGGGUGACAUCUGACGCUGGCUGGGGAGGGAUUUCUUUUCCUUGGUUCUGAGGGUGACCUCUGGUGUAGGAGCAGGGCCAAGGUUUCGGGCACCCACUCUGGGGCCAGGUCGCCCGGUGUCCUACCCCGGCUCCCCACCGAGCGGGCUGCUUCAUCUCUCUGUGCCCCGUUUGCUCACGUGCACUUGGGGUAAAUGGUACCUCUGUCCCAGGAGUGUAGGAGUGAAGGAGGAUGAGGACCAGUGGCACCCCGACCCAGCCGCUUCAGCGUUUGCUCUUAGAGAUUGCUGUUCCUGGUUUAAAGCCACGCCUGGGGUCCGGCGUUGGUGCUUUAGAAUUUUCUUACCAUGACGCGCCCCAGGAGGUGGGGCAUUGCUGACCCCUCUGAGGGGAUUCAUGGAGCCCUGCCAUCCUCCGGAUUGCUCCUAUUUCUUCGUAUAUCUAACAUUUAUUGUGAUGUCAAGUAUGACACUAAAUGUAUCGAGUGACAACUUAAUUUCUUUAACUUGAAAACAUGCUGGGCGUUUUUCGAUUACAAACUAUGCAGUCAUUGUAAAAAAAAAAAAAACAACAACCCAAAAAACAACUCAAUGCCGAAAUACAGUAAAAAGACAAAAGUUGCUCUUUCUUCUUCCUUCUCCUGACACCCACCUCCCCUUCAUUCUUGCACUGACAAUCAGACACCCCCCUUCCCAGUGGUGGUGCUGAGUUUGUUGUGUAUCCUUCUGGAAACAGAUCUACCCAUUUACAGUCAUGUGUAUCAUGCAUAUGAAUAUAGGGUAUACGACUGACCCUAGAGCAACAUGAGGGGGUAGGGUUGCAAGUCUGAAUAAACUUUUGACUCCCCGCGCCACCCCCCCUCCCCCAAGGACCAAACUUUGCUAAUAGCCUACUGUUGACCAGAAAAGCCUUACCAAUAACAGAAACAGUUGAUUAACACACAAUUCACAUGCUAUGUGUAUUAUAUACUAUAUUCUUACAGUAAAGUAAGCUAGAGAAAAGAAAAUGUUAAGGAAGUCAUAAGGAAGGGGUGCCUGGCUGACUCAGUGGGUGGAGCAUGAGACUCUUGAUCUCCGGGUCGUGAGUUCGAGGCCCACAUUGGGUGUAGAGGUUAAGUAAAUAAAUCAAAAACAAAAGAAAGUCAUACGUAAAAUACAUUUACAGUACCAUACUGUAAUUAUAAAAAAAAAAUCUGCUUAUGUGUGUACCUGCAUAGUUCAAACUCAUGUUAUUCAAGGGCCAAAGGUAAUUGCAUUUCUUAUUCUAAGAGGGAUGUCAUGACGUUUUUCCUACGUAUUAUUCAAGAAUCUUUUUUUACUUACCAGUGUUUUUUAUUGAGAUACGUGUGUGUUUGUAUAUACGCACACACAAAACGCUAUCAAGUGUUCUGUACCAUCAGUGUUUCGUGAUUCAUUGAAAGCUUUACUUAUUCAUAGACCUAUACAUUGUUCCACGUGUUCAACAUUAAAGGGUAACAGAGUAAA